AGACAAAAAUGGGAAUUAUUAUUAUCUGCGACUGAAAUGGAUAUAUCGUUUGGACAAUCAAUGUAACAAUUGGCCGGCUUUUUGGAAUCUCUUGUUUUUCGCCAAUCGAGAAGAUGUCGAAGAACACAGUGGCGGCUGCGGCGGCGAUUAUGGUAACGGUGAUGAUAUUCGUCCUCUGCUCCGCCUCCGCCGCCGCCGCCAGCGAGCUGAGGUUCGACGGUAAGAAAGGGGAGUUCAAAAUCCUGCAAGUGGCGGACAUGCACUACGCCGACGGGAAGACGACGCGCUGCCUCGACGUCUUACCGGAGCAAAUGCCGUCCUGCUCCGAUCUCAACACCACCGCCUUCCUCCGCCGCAUGAUCCAGGCGGAGCAGCCGGACCUCGUCGUCUUCACAGGGGACAAUAUUUUCGGAUUCGACGCCGCCGACGCGGCGGCGUCGCUGAACGCCGCAUUUGCUCCGGCGAUGUCGUCGGGGAGGCCAUGGGCGGCGGUGCUGGGAAAUCACGACCAGGAAUCGACGUUGUCGAGGGAGGGGGUGAUGAGGCACAUCGUGGGGAUGAACAACACUCUGUCUAAGCUCAAUCCUGCUGCAUCGGAACACCAUUCCGACAUCGACGGAUACGGUAAUUACAACCUGGAAGUGUACGGCGUUGGAGGUUCACAUCUGGCGAACAAAUCGGUGCUGAAUUUGUACUUUUUGGACAGCGGCGAUUACUCGAAGGUGGGGUCCAUUCCCGGCUACGACUGGAUCAAACCGUCGCAGCAGCUCUGGUUUCUGCACACUUCCUUCAACCUUCAGAGGAGUUACGCAAACAUGCCAGAGCCACAGAACGGCCACGCCCCGGGGCUCGUCUACUUCCACAUUCCGCUGCCGGAAUACGCAUAUUUUGACGCCUCAAAUUUCACCGGCGUGAAGCAAGAGCCCGACGGCAACGGGAUCAGCUCAGCAUCGGUCAACUCCGGUUUUUUCGCAACCAUGGCCGAGGCCGGGGAUGUGAAGGCAGUUUUCACGGGGCACGAUCACCUCAACGACUUCUGUGGCAAUCUGAGGGGCAUCAAUUUGUGCUACGCCGGGGGGUUCGGGUACCAUGCUUAUGGGAAGGCGGGGUGGGCGAGGAGGGCGAGGGUGGUGGCGGCGUCGAUGGAGAAGAACAAGGACGGCUCGUGGGCGGCGGUCAAGUCGAUCAAGACUUGGAAACGCCUCGACGAUGAACGUCUUAGUCUUGUGGAUCGACAAGUUCUUUGGAGUAAAAUGUGACACCCCGAUCUGGUAUGGUAUCUUUUGCCACGCCCUUUCGGGGUGGACGGGAGCGGAGAGUUGUCUGUUGAUAAAUGCUUAAAUAAUAAUUGAAUACGAUGUUUUGGAUAAAAUUAUAAUCGGAUUUAUAAAAUAAGAAUUAAAAGUUAUUAAUUAUA